AUGAGUGAAUUAAUUUAGUUAAAUGCAGGGUGGAAUUCAAAUGAGAUAAGUCUGAAAUAUUUAGAAAAACUAAUACAAGAUCAUCAUUUAUCACAAUAAUAAAUGAACAAUAGAGAAAAUAAGGACUAAUUUUUCGAGAGAAUAUCCACUUGUUUUGAGGAACAUGAGAAAUAUAGAAGUUUUAGAGGAGUGUUUUUAGAUGAAUAGCAAUCUAUGGAUUAAAUUCUGACAAUGUAAGAUUAAGGGUUCAUAGAUCCUAAUUACAUGAUUGGUAAAAAUGUUUAUUUGGAUGGUACUUAUUAUCAAGGGAAAAAUAUAUUUGCUCAAGUAUAUCAACAAGAAUUUGAAGAUAAGUUGAGAUAAAUAUAUGAGAACUCAGAUCAAUUGUUUGGUUGCAAUCUUAUUCAUUCACUUUCUGAUAAAUUUUGUGGAAUAUCAAUGCAAUUAAUGCCAUCUUUGGAGAGUUAAUUAUUUUUUAGUUCCACAUCAAUAUUUCCGAAUCUGUAAUCUUGUUCAGCAAUUGAAAUCUAUAAUACAAUCCUUUCACUCAACUAAUUGAUAUUUAAUUGUAAUUAUUGUAUGGUCUAUGAUUACAACUCUUUGAGCAAGAGAGUUUAAGAAUAAUAUAAAUAUCCAACUCAAUCAAAUUGUCAUGACAUUAUUGCUGAAACAUUGCUUUAAAAUAAUUGUUCAAUGAGAUUCCCUGGUUAUCAAAAUGGAGAUCUAAGAAAGUUGGCUGUUAAUUUAAUUUCAUUUCCGAGGAUGCAUUUUUUAUCAAAUGCUUUCUGUGUUAUAAGUCCUUCUAAGAUUUUGAGUAAUUAGAUUUAUAAGCUAACCGAGCCUGCCAAUUAGAAUUUUACAUUCUCAGAGGAUGCCAAAAAUUUUUAUAGAAUGUAGGCAACUGUAAGUAGAACCAAAAAUUUGUAUUAUGAAAUAUAAGAGUCUACAUCCAAAUGUAAAAAUACGACAGCUUGGGUUAAAGAUGGUUUUUGUAAUAUCAAUUGCAAGGUCGAGCACUAUGAAUUGGGAGAUACUGUUUUGUAUAUUGGUCACCACAAUUAUUUUGGGAUGUAUUGCAGAGAGUUAUGUUUAAAAUUUUUGUAAUAAUGGAGAAGAAAGGCUUACUUUCAUUAUUAUGCAUCUGAAGGAGCAGACGAAUUAGAUUUCGUUGAGGCUGAAUCUUCAGUGUCAGAUCUAUUCUCUGAAUAUAUUAGUUAUGACAUCACAGACUAGGAAUCGAAUGGUUUGGAUUGA